AUGGAUACAAAAAUUGCUAAUCAUUUUGAUGGCAAUAACACCGAUACACAUACCGAUGAUGACAAUGACUAUCAAAUUGAUACCAACAAUGAAGACCCCGAUGAAGAUAACAAAAACAAGUCAUUAGCAACCGAUAACAGCAACAGUAAUAAAGAGCGGUCAGCGACCGACGGGCCGCCGAUAGACAGUAGAGAUAGUGGUAGUAGUAGUAGUAUUGACCAACAGAUGAACAAAACAUUAACUUUCGGCAAAAAGCGUCUCUUUGGCCGCUCGAAGACCAUCACUACCGCCCCCGCGGCCGACGACAAGCUCAAUGGAGACGUCGCCACUGUCAGCGGUGGUGGUGGCGGCGGCGGCGGCCAUAAAAGUGGUACAUCGCGCAAAAAAUCUCAGUCAUCAGCUCUGGCCAAUCAUAAAUGGCCAGCCGUGGCCAGUAGUAAUAGUAGCGGUCAGUUGUCUAGUUCUGCUGCGUCGACACCAACUAGCGGCGGUCAAUCGUCGGCCAAGUCUAACGGCGUGAAUAGUUUAGCGGCCACUGGUGGCGACCAAAGCGACGACCGAUUUAUCGACGAAGGCGUCCAGUUUGUGGCCAAACUGAUUGGACACGAGUUUGUGGCCGAAGCCCGUGGCGAACAAAUGUGUCAGCAGAGUCUCAAAAAAUUAAAGAUACUCCAACGAGGACUGGGAGGUCACAAACGCAAAACUCAUUUAUUUAUUUCAUUUGACGGCAUUAAGAUCAGGGACGCCCAGUCAUCGGAACUACUAUACCAUCAUUCGGUGCCACAAAUAUCGUUCAUAUCGCGCGACGAAACGGACAGUCGAGCCUUUGGCUAUGUGUUCGGCUCUAGUAGUACUGGCCAUCAGUUUAUUGCAUUCAAGACUCAAAAGGAAGCCAUGCCUAUAAUGUCAACGAUCGGACAGCUGUUUGCAGCGACACUUAAACGCAAAAGGGCUGAAAUUCUGACCAAUCAGAGCACCAAUGUUACCAACUCUAUCGCCGCAGUCAACAGUUCGCCAAUUAGUUUGCAAACAAUCGGUUCCACAGCCAGUGUGGUCACCGAAACCAAUAGUCAUAUAGCUAUCGGUGCCAUAAACGAGGAUAAGUCGUUGUCGUCUUCGUCGACGAUAACGACGCCGCGACGCGAGUCCAGUGUGACAUUGAGACCGUCGCGUUCUGAGUCACCAAACGUGCCAACAAUACCGGCGCCACCGCCGCCGACAACGACGACAUCACUACACCAUAACAGGAGUAGCUAUGCUUCUGCUACCGGUGCUGCUAGUAGUAGUAGUACUACACAUACAGGUUCUGUUGUUAACGAGGAACUGGACCUGUUUGCCAACUUUGAGCCACACGACGACAGUGUGUUUGAGUCCGACUGGAAUAUGAAAAGGGAUAACAUUGAAAAGCUGACCAUCGAUAACAUGACUACAACUAUAGAAGCGGAUCCAUUUGUCUCAUCAUUCGGAUCACAGUCGGUGUCUUCCGAUGGUUGGGCUAACUUUGAUGACGACAAUACAUCGACUUCAACAGCGUCACCACAACAACAACACCAUAACUCCAACAAUAAUAAUACGAAUAAUACUAAUAGAAAUAAUGCCGAUUUUGGUAGCAAACCGUUUGUGAUACAAUUGAAGACUAAAAGCAAUAAUAACUUUAUCGCACAAAAACCACGCCAUCAUCAUCACCACCAGCAGCAGCAGCAGAAUCAACAACAACUGCAAAUACAACAACAAAAUCUGCAGCAACAACAACAACAGCAACAACAACUGCAACAACCACUACACAUAACAACUCCGACUGUAUCGUCGAGUUUUGGCAACACGUCGUCGUCAUCAUCAUCGGUGGCACUCAAUUCGCCGUUUGGUACUUCAGGACGUGAUUCACAACAUUUACUAAAUAAAAGUACUUCACAAUUGAAUCAACAACAGCAGCCGUCGCCCGCCAUCAGCACCAGUAGCAGUGAAUUGACAUCUACACCGGCUGCGGCACCGGUCACACCAAACAAUACUAAUACAACACCACUUAGCGGUUAUAUGCAACAUCUGGCGUCUACUAUUGCCACCAAUCCGUCAACCAAUGGUUCCAAUAAUUCAUCAGCUGAUCGUUACGCCUGUUUUGCUGAGAUCCACUCAAUUAGUAACUCGAUAUUUGACUCAUUGGUGGACAACCAUCAUAAUGGCACCACUGAUAGUAGUAGUCAAUCGGAUUUUAAUGCUAGUUCGACAUCCAAUUCGUCACUACAGUCCAAGUCUUAUCAUAGCUCACUAAAUAGUAGCUUUGGUAGUAGUGGUCAAGAAUAUCAACCACAGCAUCGACAACAACAGCAACAAUACCAUCAUUUGCAACAACAACAACAACAACAUCAACAACAAUCACAUACUGGUUCCGGACAUCCAUUUUAUUUUUCAUUUGAUAAUCCACUCAACAGUGAACAGCAGCGCCAAAACUUCCUCUUCAGUCAACAGGAUAACAGUCGUUACAAUAAUCAGUCGGUGUUUAACGACUCGACAGUACAGCCAAUAAUAGUGUCCAAUAAUAGUAACCGAAAUUCACAGCAAUUUGACCAAACAUUUGGCCAAAUGUCAAAACAAAACAACAACAAUAGUAAUAAUUUGAACGAUUUGUUCAACAAUACGAACAAUUGGGCGCAAAGUUUUAACGGCACAAGAGAUUCGUCAACAAUCUGGUCAAACACGUCGUCGUCGGUGUCCACUAGUAGUCAAGUGUCGGGCACGUCAUCUCCUGCGCCGCCAAACAUUGCAGCACCGACUCCGCCGCCCAGCACUCUCAGCGAUAGUAUCAGUGAUAUUAACCAAUCGACAGAUCGUUUGAACGACAUGUUCAGUAUGUUUGCCGAUUUGGAUCCGUUAGGAAAGGACAGGCCUUUUCUCGAUAAGUCGCUGUUCUUUAGCGAUCAAAAGCAAAGGCCACCGACACUACGGGAUUUGAACGGCGAUAUUGUUGUGACCAACACCAACAAUACAAAUAGUUUUGGCGGAUCAACGGUUCCAACAGUUUAUGGUCCAAUCAGUGUUAUUGCUGACCAAACAUCAAACGUGUCGUCUGUCACUACUUUUCCAUCCACCGCAAGACCGCAUUCUUCAGCCGCCAAUCCUUUUAGUUCCACUUCUUCACUUGAGUCGACAAACUCGAGUCGCUUUUCUCCCAAUCCGUUCAAUCCGUUUAACAUCAACAACGCUACCUGUGCUUUAAACACGAGCCAAACUCCACCGCCGCCGCCACUUCCAUUAACGGCACCGCCAUCGGCACUAACACCGCCGCCACCACGACCUCCCUCUCGAGAUUGCUGUCCGCCGGUACCGCCGCGCAGUGAUCUCAUGAGGCAAACGCCACCGCAACCGCCGCCAAAGGCUCCGACACCAGACUUGGCGCCACCGCUUCCCAGAAGACGGACAAUACUUCCAGAUAAUAGUACUGCAAUGCAUCGAUACCAGAGCUUUGAUACAAUGUCGCGUCAGUCGGCAUUUGAUCCGUUUUCGGCAAACAUAUUGCCAAACAAUAAUAAUACCUUUUCCUAUGCUACUAAUUCCGCUAAUAUAAUGAGUGAUUCAUCAGCGCCUCCAUUACCUAAUCCACAGAGAAAAGUGCCGACAAACCCAAUGCCACUGCAACAACAACAGCCGCCACCACCGGCCUCAUCGCCUCCCGUAGUGACCAACUCUGCUGGUGUCGUACGGCCACAACCGAUGGCGCGAAAGUUGUCCGCAAAAAAUUAUGAUCCGUUUAACUGUAGUUUUGUUGACUCUCAUCUGUCGUCGUCCAUAUCGUCAGUUCCGGCGAUCAAUACUAAUAGAUCUGUGGUGUUAUCGAGUGAAUCACAACAAACGACAACAAAUUUUGGUGUUUUUUCGCCAAACAAUACUUUAACCAGUGAUACACCUCAUGAUUCGUGUCAGUCAACGCCAAAACUAUUGUCAGAUACGGUGCCAAACAUUAGACAACAGGACUUGAAAUUGUCUGAAAUCAACUCAAAAUACGAAUGGAUUAACGAAACGGUUGACUUGUCUUCGGUAACAACGGAAACUGAGACGACUCCCAGUACUGAUUCGGCUGACAAACGUUUUGUGGCCGACUUUUCCUCAGUGUUUUCAUCGCCCGACGGCUUUGCCGACAACAACAAACCAAUGGUGUCUAAGCCGUCGACUUUAGAUCUGGAUUUUGAAUCUAAUUUUGAUACACCGCUACCACAACAAUCAAUGUCCACCUCUGCAGCACUCGAGGACCAUAUAUCUCCACCGGACAGAAACAUAUUUAUUAUCAAAUCGGAUCCGUUUGCCGACGAUUUCUUCAAUUCAUAAGAAGACAUGUUGUUUAAUAUUAUAUUUAUAAAUAUAUAUAUAAAUAAUA